AUGGAGCGCAAGCUCUCUCAGAAAGCCGCGCAAAUGCGCCAACGCUUCACCCUCAAGACUCGACCCUCCCAAACCCGAGAGCGUGCCUCAACAAUGACCACCUCACGCCCAGCCUCAAGCGCCAGUCACCGCUCCCGCUCGGCCACAACCCCCGUGUCGCCAGCAGGGACGACGUGGGACAACGUAGACCCAACCCGAUACUACGAUUUCACAGACGAGCCGGGAUACUUUCGCCCGGCCUCGCCACUCCUCGAGCGCCAGGAUAUCGCAGAGCAAGUAGAGGACGACGUGAAACACGCUUGCGCACUCCUCGUCCACAGCAUCGACCGCGGGCUCCCUAUGUGGCCGUCGCUGGAAGCAGAGACUGCUUGCCGUCCCGACCCCGCUGGCUUGGUCAAUCCCUCGCCGCCGGAACCACCAUGCACAUCCCAGGACCAUCCAGGCUACCAGCAAUGGGAUAAACAGGGCCCUCUCCCCAAAGACCAACAUGAUUCUGGCGUGGGAAUGAGCUUCCAGUCGCCGGGAAAGAGUAAUCGGGCCGCACCAAAUAGCUUCUCCGCGUCCGCGGGGACAGGCCGUUUCUAUGGAAAACGCAACUCCAUGUCCCCGCCCGCUAAAGAGUCGGAGCGUGGGCGUGCGCGCGGCAGAAGUUUUGCGACACAUUCGACUUCCGAAUCGAGGUCCCGCUCCCGCUCGUCCAGCCCGGCCUUCUUUCCCUACAGUCCUCCGCAAAUGGACUUCUGCUGGGGCUUUACCCAGGAACCACGGUCCGUCGCAGUGGCGACUGGCGAGCCGCUCCCACAAUCCGCUCUGCUCGGUGCACAGGGUAUGGCCUGGCUCAAGGCCAGCUUCGACAGGUCCGGCAGUGAUGACUCGCAAACCCUCCAGCCCCAGAGCAACGACCAUGCAGGCAUGGUCUCGGCUCCAGGAACAGCUGCCGGACCACCUGACGCCGCCCCAUGUCGAUUCUACAGCACGCGCAGGCUACCCUCCGAGUCACGCUUGAAAUCGCAUGAAUGGGCGGGCUUUGGCACCUGCGAGAGCCGCGACUCCAUUAUCCACACUAGUCUUUCGAUGCAGAGCAUCACCGGCCGUGACGAGGAGAAGCGGGCUCAGAACCAUGCCUAUCCUAUUUGGGAUGACCAGGAGUCGAACUCAGGGUCGGAGGAGUUUGGUAAUCACCAGGGCUUCUACUCUCUGUGCGUGCCGGGCCAAGAGCAAGAGCCUAUCCCCCAGCGUCGACGUAAAGCUUCGGACCUCCUUAAAAAGUUGACGGGGUUGGGGGCUCGGCGCAAAGAUGGCGAUGCGGUCGAGAAGAGGUUCGGGCGUGCUGUUGCUGUUUAA